CUCCAGUCAAGGCGCAGCCUACCUACUAUAGGAUAAAUGUUGCAUCUCGCCACGAUGUCAUGGCCUUCCGGCGAGAAAUUUCCCGUACAGAUUGUGUUUUGUUUUGAAUAAUUACACAGAGAGCUGUCUAUCUCCUGAGAGUACCUAAACGCGAACGCGAAAAUGAACCGAUACAAGUAUAAACCUCUAAAUCCAAACGAUAUUCGAUUGGUCACUAUAUUACCUGGGAAGUUCGGUGACCCGAUCCGAAUCGAGAUCAACCACGCUACGCUCGUCCCGCCGGCGGAAGAUGAAAAGCCAAAGCGGUUAUCGUUGAAAGAGAUUCGAAAGGGACUUCCCAAGGGCUGGGAUGCCUUCGAGAACCUGGAGGGGCGCGUGGUCUUCUGGAAGGACAACGAAAGAUUUAGCUCCUGGGACCACCCAGACCCUAGCGUCCCACGCGCCGACUACGAUCCCGAAAUCUUGGAGAAUCAAGAUCGACCUGACUAUGAGGCUCUGUCAUACGCCUGGGGUCCCCGGAUGCGGCGCAAGAAGGCUAUAAUGAAAAGUACGAUAAAAGAACAGCGGUUUAUGGUAAUGCCUGGAAACCGGUUGCUGCACAUAAACGAAGACCUCGAAGAAGCGUUGCGGUAUCUUCGAUACAAAAAUAAGGGCCGCGUCAUGUGGAUCGAUGCGCUGUGCAUCAAUCAGGAGGAUUUUGAGGAGCGCAACCAUGAGGUCAAGCGCAUGAGCCUGAUCUAUCAAUUCGCGCGGCGCGUCGUCGCAUGGCUUGGCCCAGCGUCUUUAAAUAGCCAGCUCGCGCUUUCUACACUGGACUACUUAGGUCGUCAAGUUGAAUGUACGCGAGACGAUUGGAUGUUCCCGGCAGUGGACUGCGAGCAACUGUACUGGUAUUGUCCUGAAGUGUCCCUGCCGUACAAGCACGAGGUAUGGGACGCCAUAGCUGAUUUUCCACUGCGUCCUUGGUUCAAACGCUUGUGGAUCGUGCAGGAGAUCCAUCUCGGAAGCGCGAAGUCUAUUGUACAAUGUGGACAUGAUGAGAUACUAUGGAGUCACUUCCGACGUGCAAUUCUAUCUAUUAACGAUAAGGAUGAAGGUGUACCGCACGACAUACGAAUCAAUUUGAACAAUGCUGGUGAUUUCUACUUGUACUUAGGACAUAAUCCAUUUGAAAAUACCCUGUAUAAUUACCAUAUGCGGCUGUGCUCCGACCAGAGAGAUAAGGUGUACGGAAUAUUAAGUCUAGCGCCAAGGGAAAUUAGGGAUGCUAUAGAGAUUAACUACGAGAAAGGCUUGGUGGAGGUAUUUGAGCACGUUUUUCGCGCACAUUCCGAUAAACAGAGGCGCCUUCCUCAGUUACAACUCAGCGGUUUACGUUAUGCAGAAUCAAUAUCGGAAUUAGGGAAGGAAGGAUGGCCAUCUUGGCUGCCUGACUGGUCGCGCUUUGUCUACCGCACCUGCCCAUCUAGCGACAGAUACUACACCAGCGGCCUCUCAGCUUCAUGCACAAAUUAUACCAAUCCAGGGCGUCUUGAAGUUAUUGCGCUGCCGUUUGCGUCGGUGAAACGUGUCGAGUACCAAUUCCCUCAUUCCCCUGACGGCUUGGUGUGCAUUGUCGAGGCGUAUAAGCGCAUGGGGCUUUCGCAGCUACGGGACACGCCAUACCCCGGACUGGGUGGACCAGGGGAGCCAAAGAGUUACCUUGAUGCGUAUCUGCUGACGAUGACGAUGGGCAAGGUUAAGGAUUAUUAUGAAAAGUUACAAACUUAUUACUCGCAAGCCGAACUGUUAAAAAUUGUUGAUAUCGCCGAGCGUAGCGAGGAGGGGAUCGAGGAGGCUAGAUCGAUGCUAUCCGACUGGUAUAGGGGUUUAAUUGGGGCCGAGUUGGAUCAAAAAUAUCUAUUCAGUUUGGAGAAUGGACAUAUAGGUGUGAUUGGAGGGAGACCGCUGCAGGGCGAUAAAGUUGUUGUAAUACUUGGGUGUGAAACACCCAUGCUUCUUAGGCCGACACCGACGGGAGACUACAUAGUUGUUGGGGAUUGUUACGUACAUGGUAUCAUGUUCGGCGAAGCUCUUCUUGGCCCCUUUCCUGAGUCUUGGAAAUUUAUAUUACACAGAGAAGGCGAAGAAGACGGACAGUACCGAGUGUGUUUCGUCAACACUGAUACGGGAGUCAAACGCACGGAUGAUCCACGCCUAGACGAGAUCCCGCUUCCCCCAGAGUGGGAACCUAUUGAAUGGAAUCGAACCACGGCUGACCCAUUGCAUUAUAGAAAGUUUUGGAAUAGGGAGACAGGCGAGGAGAUUAACUCAGACCCGAGACUCUUCCCGGAGGCUUUGGUGGGGAGGGGAGUUCCACUAGAGACCAUUACGCUUGUAUGAUAUCUUGGUGGUAUGCUUAACGAAGAGAUGUUUUCUAAUGAGCACAUGGUUAUUGGACCGUUAGAGGAGUGAUAUAAAACAUAAGGAAUAGGUAGCACAUAAUCUGUUGAGUAAAAUUUUCAGCAAUAACAUCUACAUAUAUUUAUAUGUGGCGAGC